AUGCUCUGCUCUCCGAGCGAAUUCAUGAUAUGCAAGUCAAAGCCGAUUACGGAAAUGAUCCCCGAGCUCAUGAACGAGACUGUCGCUGCCUUAAGCGUCCUGGGCGGUAUACUGUGCCUAAUCUCGUGGCCGACCAAUACCGCUCCUGCUCCCGCUUGGCCGGAACAGUUCCCUGACAUCUCGACGUCGGAUGAAGAGAUUGUAGGCCGUGUAAGUGCAACCGAUCUCUGCUAG